GAGAAGCAUGCAGCCUGAGCACGGAUUAGCACUGGGUGCCUGUAGAUGGGAGGGGAUGCUGAGUGGGACGUGGGAGAGGUGAGGCAGUAUGAGAUUCUGCAGCCCACUGAAGGAGUUUUAAUUUCGUAUUGAACAUGCCAGGCUGGACAAUCACAAUGAAAAGCAUUGAUGGUCUGACUCGAAUCUUUAGAAGCGUCAGGCCCAGUAACCAUGGCAAUGUCCAUCAAUGAUUGACAGCUGUCAGCUUUGCUCGUCAGGCCCCGAGUGGGGACGGGGGGUUGGGGGAGGGGCGGUGAAGAUCAGUUGGCCGUGGACACAGCGGAUCCCCAGGUUUCUGAGCGGCUCAGGGGUUGCCUGUCAUGGCGAGAAUGUCCACGGCUUUGGGCAGCGGCGCUGUAGGCGGCAAGACCAUGUUCUGCAACCUGGAUGCUCCUGCCAAUGCCAUCAGCGUUUGCCGCGAUGGCACACAAGUGGCGGUCGCCGGGCGGAACAUCUUCAAAAUCUACGCCAUCGAGGAUGAACAGUUCACCGAGAAGGCUAACCUCCGCGUAGGCCGCAAGCCUUCGCUCAAUUUUAGCUGCGCUGACGUGGCCUGGCACCAGAUGGAGGAGAACCUGCUGGCGACAGCAGCUACCAACGGCGCGGUGGUGACUUGGAACCUGGGCAAACAGUCCCGUAACAAGCAGGACCAGUUGUACAUGGAGCACAAACGCACGGUUAACAAGGUUUGCUUCCACCCAGUGGAACUGUACAUUUUACUGAGUGGGUCGCAAGACGGGUCCAUGAAGUGUUUCGACCUGAGGAGGAAGGAGUCCAUUUGCACCUUUUCAGGUCAGUCGGAGAGCGUGCGCAAUGUGCACUUCAGUGCCCGAGACUUUUUCACCUUUGCUGCCACCUUCGAGAAUGGCAACGUGCAGCUGUGGGAUAUGCGGAGGCCGGACCGAUGUGAGCGGAUGUUUACAGCACACAAUGGGCCUGUUUUCUCUUGCGACUGGCACCCAGAUGACAGGGGCUGUUUGGUGACUGGAGGCCGGGACAAAAUGGUUAAAGUUUGGGACCUGACUGGUUACAAGGCCAGGGAGAUGUACUGCGUUCAGACCAUCGCCUCCGUGGCACACGUGCUUUGGCGCCCGGACAGGAAGUACCACAUUGCCACCUGCUCCAUGAUGGUUGACCACAACAUUUAUGUCUGGGAUGUUCGCAGGCCCUACGUCCCCUUUGCGAUGUUUGAGGAGCACAAGGAUGUCACCACUGGCAUCGCCUGGCGCAAUGCCCACGAGCCCCACUUCCUCCUCUCUGGGUCAAAGGACAGCACCCUCUACCACCAUUUCUUCAAGGAUGCCCAGCGGCCUGCCAGCCAGGCCGUGCCUGAAGGCCUGUGCUUCGGCCUGUUUGGUGACGUGGCGUUUGCCGUCAAGGAGGGCUUGUGCUCGGCCGAGUCCCACCGCAAGUCCUUCGGCGCCGACCGCCGCUACCCCUUCUUCUUCAUUCGCCGGCAGGACGCCGCAGAGCAGUUCACCAACGUGUCGAGCGCCCUCAACCUCUUUGAGACCCAGCCGGGCGCUGCCUCCAUGGAGUGGUUCGCCGAGACAGCCCGGAGGUAUUGCCUGAGCGGCAGCCCGCUGCCUGAGCUGUGUGACCGCAACGCCGCUGUGGCCCGGAAACUGAAGCGCUACCAGGUGGCACAGAUCUGGAUGAUGCUGAAGAUCAUUUACGCGGGGGCAUGUGCAACUGGGGCCACUGGCACCAUGGUGCCAGGUGCUGGCAAGGCCGGUCACCCCCUCAGCAGCUUUACUUUAAAAGACGGUACGACAGCAUUGGGAAGUGAAGUCAAACUGGAACGAGCCCGAAUGGAGAACCGACAGGACAGUCUACCCCUGGAUUCGACAGUCACCUUACUACAAUCAAACGAAGAGAACGAGGAGACAGAAGGAAGUGAUGCCCCAGCAGAUUAUCUUUUUGGUGAUGGUGAAGGUGAUGAAGACGAUUUCUUCAUUGUCGACCAUGAAAAUGCUCCAGGAGAAGACCAUGAGUUCAUUCUUCCACAGGAGGGCUUCCCACUGCGACACGAAAUCCUGGAUCACCCGACCACCCUUGACCAUUUCCAGGACAAGAUGGACUCUCCCCACAUCAGCGGCAAUGAGGCAGAUUCCGUCUCACUGACUCCGACCGAGGGCAUUUCUCUCGUCUCUGUCUCGCAGCCACCGUUUGAACAUGGGUUUUCCACUGAUUACUUCAACCCCAUCGUCAGGGACAUGAUGUGCUUCUAUGCUGAGCAGGGCGAUGUGCAGAUGGCCAUAUCGGUCCUGAUUGUGCUUGGAGACAGGAUUAAGAAAGAAAUCGAUGAGCAGACACAGGAGCACUGGUACACGUCCUACAUUGACCUGCUCCAGCGUUUCCAACUUUGGAAUGUGGCCAACGAAGUUAUCAAACUGAGUACGUGCAGAUCCAUUAACUGCCUGAACCAGGCGUCAACGACACUGCACGUGAACUGCAACAACUGCAAGCGGCCAAUGAACACCCGAGGCUGGAUGUGCGAGAGGUGCCGCCGUGGUGCCAGCACCUGUGCUAUUUGCCACCAUGCGGUGAAGGGGCUGUUUGUUUGGUGCCAGGGCUGUACACACGGAGGACACCUCCAGCACAUCAUGGACUGGUUUCAGUUCCACACCCACUGCCCGACAGGAUGUGGACAUCUCUGUGAAUACACAUAGCGUAAAUACUUGCUGCCUCAUGGAACACCAAUGACGAUAAUACAUGGUGGGGCAGGAGGUCUGGAGAGGCAGAGUGGAAGGAAUUCAAUUACACGUGGCUCCCCACUGCUCCAAGCAAGAUUUGCUUUGGAACAGAAAGAGGCUGGACUGUUAUUUUGGGUAGGGUGGGGGUGUUGGCGGAGGGGGGUGAGCUGGUGUGAUGAGACCUGUUCCUGGCACAAGCACCUGACAACAGACAAGGUGGAUACACGCAUGUGGGCAGAUUUUAGACACUGUGCACCCUGUACAACUUAUACAUACAUGAGAGAUGCUUUACAGCAAGAACUAUGGCUUUCGAUGGUCAUAGGGAGGCAAUAAUUACCAUUCACCUUCCCCAUGCAUCUCCCCCCACCAACGUCACUGCUACUCAAUCCAUGGGGUCUCAAGCUGACGUUGUUUUGAGUAGGAUUGUAGCGAUUUACUAAAUCAUUCUUUUUGGCAUUCUCUUCAGGAGUUGGACUCCCUGGACUGGGGCAGUCAUGUUGGCAGAAGCAGUCAACUCCCAGCACUUCAGCCUGCGAGGAAGGUGGUGCAGUUCUAGGCCAAGGUGUAAAAGGGAAACUAAACUUGUCCAGAGACAUUUUACUCCUGCUCAAGUGAAGGGGACAUGACAGCCUUUGGGCAGGUCUGUCCUGGAUGUGGGGGAAAUAACAGUGAGAUAAAAGAGAACCAAAAUUACUCCUGUGAUAAUGUAAAGAGCACUUUCAAACAUUUUAAAAUACAGGAAGAUGGCACAACAGAUUGGAAAAGCAACCCCUGGAUGGGUUGUAGAUUAGAUUCCGUGCCCACUCUUAGCUCUGUGCUGACAAUUUUCCUGCUUCUCAGUGGGUGGGGAGAACAUCAAAAAUGCAAUUGUCCAUUAACACAUCUCCUAUUGGCCUGUCUGAACUGGCAAAGUCCUGGGACCACAUAAUGAAUCCCAUUAGUUGGAGUUCAUCUGUGGCCAGAACAGAGAAGGGAAGGAGAGCAUGAAGUAAUUUAAUUUCCUCCUGCUCCCCAAAGAAAUCUCUGAAAGAGUUAGAUCAGCUGAAACCCGAUUCCCAGCUCUCUGCCCAUGCUAUUUAACCAGUUGUCGAAGCUGUACAGACCAUGGCUGAAAGCAAGUCAGCAGAACUCUCUCACACAAAAGAGUAAGAACCGUUCACCAAGAACAUCACGGAAAGUGAUAACUGGAGACAACUACAGUUAAGAAAGGAAAAAGAUUUGCAUUGAUACAGCCCCCUUUCUUUUGGUUUCUGAACCUCACAGAAGCAGAACGACUCCGGGUUGAUCCAUCUUGGCUCCCUCCCAAGUUCCCCAGCAUCACAGAUGCAAGUCUUCAGGUGCACUCCAUGUGAUAUCAAGAAACAGCUGAAGGUACUGGUCACAGAAAAGGCUAUGGGUCCUGACAACAUCCCAGCAGUAGUACUGAAGACCAAUGCUCCAGAACUAGCCAGAGCCUGAAAUUCAACUGGGGACAAUAGGAUCAGCUGCUGUGCAUUCCCAAGAUUUAACAGCUUCUAGACACACACUUUUUAAAAUUUUUCCUUGGGAUGUGAGCGUUGCUGACAAGGUCAGCAUUUAUUGUCCAUCCCUAAUUGCCCUUGAGGUGGUGGUGAGCCACUUUCUUGAACUGCUGCAGUCCAUGUAGGGCAGGGUACACCCACAGCGCUGAUAGGGAGUUCCAGAUUUUUAACCCAACAACAAUGAAGUAACAUUGAUAUAGUCCCAAAUCAGGAUUGUGUCCUUGUCCUUCUAGGUGGUAGAGCUUGCAGGUUUGGAAGGUGCUGUCGAAGGAUACUUGCUAUAGUGCAUCUCAUAUAUGGCACACACUGCUGCUACUGUGUGUCAGUGAUGGAGUGAGUGAGUGUUUAAGCUUGUGGAUGGGACAGUGAUUAAGCGGGCUGCUUUGUCCUGGAUUCUGUCAAGCUUGUUGAGUGCUGUUGGAGCUGCUCUCAUUCAGGCAAGUGGAGAGUCUCCCAACACACUCCUGACUUGUGGCCUGUAGGUAGUGGCAGCCUGUGGGGAUUCAGGUGAGUUACUGUACUAUAAACCAGUACACAAAGAAAUGUUACAUGGAUGAGGCUGUGGAGAGUGGCCAGACCAAAGGAACCUGACCCAGUCAUCAGCAGAU